CUAAACGAAACAAAAAUGGUAUUUGUACCUAAUUUUUCAGGUGACUUGGCUUAAAAUCUCCCCCCAAAAAGCGGUAUAUCUAGGGUUUUAUCAAAAUCGAUCUAGUUUUUUUCUGAAAUUGGUGAAGAGGCAGCUUGAAUUCUUUGGUGUUUAAGUUCGUGACUGAAGCUUCGUCUAAAAUUAAACAUGAAAGAUUUGUUUGUCGAUCUUAUGAGGGUAAAUGGAUUAAAACCCCCCAACUAGUAUAUGAAGAGAAAUAUAUUGCUGCUAGGAGAGAGAUUGCUUCUGAUAUGAUAGAUUACUACAAGAUUGAAGAUGAUUAUACCAAGAAUUUAGAAUUUGUGGCUGUGAAACAACUACUUGUGAAAGGUCCAUGUAGGAAAAUUUUUUUGGUUGAAGGGUCUGAAGGCAUUAAGAUACUUCAAUCAUUAUUAAAUGAACAGUUUAAUGUGAUUCAUAUUUUUGCCGUUGAUGAUUUUGAAGAACCAAUUUCUGCUCCAACUUUAUUUCACCAUACUGAAGCAUACUUUAUUGAGUGUGAAUAUGAAACUGAUGCUGAGUCAGAAACUAAUUCUGAUGAUAAUGGUGAGUCAAAUGAUGAAGAGUAUAAUUCUGGGAAGUUAGAAGUCAUUAAGAUGCAACAGAAUAUAAAAUUGAAUGAGAAACUUGAUCACUACAAAUAACUUCAUCUUCAAUGACCUUUAAGGACAAGAAAGAGGCUAAAAGAGUUGUGGAUCUGUAUGCCCUUGCAAAUAAGAAACACUUAGAGUGAAGCAAAGUGACAAAAAAAGAUUGAGGUACAUAUGUGAGGAUGUCUGCUCAUUUGUCAUUUUAGUUUCACUAGAUGGUAAGGGUCCAGGAUUUAAGGAUUUAAGGUUAAAACCUUAAUCGAAAAGCACACUUGUGAGGAUGCAUUUACAAAUCCUAGAGCCACCACCACUUUUUUUAUCCCAAUAUUGCAAAGGUAAAGUGCAGAAUAAUCCCAUGUUCAAGAUCAAAGAUAUGAGAUAAGACUUGAAUGAUCAGUUCCAUUUGAAUUCUAAUAUCUUACUGUUGAAAAGGGCCAAGAGGAUGGUACUUCAAAAAAUAGAAGGUAGUUUUUUAGAUGAGUACAACAAGUUAGAAGCUUAUGCAAAUGAGAUUAGGUUGAGCAAUUUGGGCAAUGACGUGGUGAUAAAUUUAUCAAAGGAAGGGUUGGAACAAGGCAAAAGAAAGUUUCUUUGAAUCUACAUAUGUUUUAAUGCACUAAAGUUGGGAUGGAAAGAAGGGUUGAAACCCUUCAUUGGGCUGGAUGGAACCUUUUUGAGAGGUCAUUGCAAAGGGCAACUAGUUGUGGUUAUAGGACAAGAUUGUGAUAAUUGCUUCUAUCAUUUGGCAUGGGCGCUAGUGGAUAAGGAAACAUCAAGGACCUAGACAUGGUUUCUACAACUGCUAGAGAAGUCAUUGAAUCUGAAAAAUAGCAAAAGUGUUACAUUUAUGUCUGACAUGCAGAAGGUAAAUUUAAGUUUAUGAAUUUGUGUUUAUUUGAAUCAUUUUGUCCACUUUUUGUGUCUGUUUAUGUCAUUGAAUAUUAAUUUAUUUUACAUGAUCAGGGACUGAUAGACGCAGUGAAAAAUGUCCUUCCUUUAGUCCACCACUGGCAUGUUGAGGCCAACUGGAUGAAGAUAUUUAGGCCAGGAGAGAUGAAAAAACUUCUUUGGUGUGGUGCUUGGAGUACAUAUGAAGAAGAUUUCAAGGACUAGUUGAGUGCACUUAGUGCAUUACCAGAAGAAGCUGUCAAAGACUUGUUAAGAUUUGAACCAGUGAAAUGGUGCAGGGCAUAUAUAGACAUUGUUUCCAAAAAUCAAAUAGUGGAUAAUAAUUUUACUAAGUCUUUUAACUCUUGGGUAUUAGAACCAUGGGGAAAACCAAUCUUGAAGAUGCUUGAAGACAUAAGAGUUAAGAUAAUGACUAGGUUGAAAGAGACUAAGUUGCUCGGACUCGGGUGCGGGUGUCCGAUACGGGUACAGACCUAGAGGUCCGAUUCUUUGCGGUCUCAAUUUAAAGAUUCGGGGAUAUUGAUCUAGGGAUGGAUGCGGGUACGGGAAUUUGGCAAAAAAUAAUUUAAAUAUAGAGUUAUAAAACAUUAAUUAGGAGAUAUUAUAUGAAAAACUUUGGAAAAAAUAUUGUUCAAGAAGAAAAUCUUCGAAGGACAUAAGAAGAAAAGCAAUAAUGUAGAAAUUUCUAUAUACAAGAUAUUCCAUUUUCUUCAAUUUCACCUUAGCUUUUGCUUUGAUAACUAAAUUUCUUAAAUCUCUCUGGACUUUUCUAGUCGAUUUUGGUCAAAGUACCCAAAAUCAAUUGACCAGAUCGGGUAUGGAACCCAUACCCGCACCCACACCCAUGUCGUACCGACACGGGUGCGACACCAAAAGUGAAGAGUCCGAGUAACUUAGGAAAAGAUAAGAAAAUUGAGGGAAGCCAAUGGAAGGAUGAUUUUAGUCCUAAGUGAAUGGAAUUGUUCAUUGCCCAUAAGAAGAUAGCUCAAUUAUGCACUAUUAAUUUCAAUGGUGAUUUUGGCUAUGAAAUAACUGAAAGGUAAAGAUAGGCACAUAGUGAAUUUGGUGGAGAAGAAAUGCACUUAUAGGUCUUGGCAGUUGACUGAAAUUCCCUGCCCUCAUGCCAUCAAGGCUAUGGAGCAUAACAAAAUGAAACCUGAUCUUAUGAAGGAAGAAAUAAGUAUGUGGUAUAGUAAGGAAACUUACUUGAAGACAUACAAGGCCAAGUUGUUACCUACAAGAGGUGAAAAUUUUUGGAAUAUUUUGCCAGAACAUGCAAUGGAUCCACCAGAUUUUGUGAAAACUAUUGGAAGACCAAGGACCAAAAGAACAAGAGAAAAAGAUACAGCAAUUAAAAGAGCAGGAGAAUGGGCUCACUCAAGAAAGGGAGCUAGAAUGAUAUGUAGUAAGUGUGGUUCAGUAACACAUAAUGCAAGGACAUGCAAGUUUGAUAAAGAAGAACAAAGGGCAGGAUUGAAGAGAAAAAGGGGCAGAACUGAAGAAGAAGAAGAAGAAAAAGUUCAAGAAAAGGUGCAAGAGGACGUGUAUGCUGUUAAUUGUUCAGGCCCUCCACCAACACAAGAAGAUGACGACUAUUUAAUGUCCACACCUGGACUGCCAGAACAACAGUAUGAACCAUUUGGUCCUGCCAGAGAGUCUGAAAGUGAUCCAGCUUUGAGGCUUCAAACCGUUCCUGAAGACAUUACAAGACUAUUGGCAAGGCAAACUUCUAGAAUGUCAUACUCUUCUUGGAGCAGACUGAUAGAUUUUAGAGGUGAUCUUUUCGGAGUAAGUGAGCCUACAGAUCUUCCUUAUUCAUCCACUAAGCUUACUUGGAAAGGAAAAAGAGUUGUCACUAGCAAUCAGUUGGAAAAUGCAAGAGAGAAGAAUCUGGGAAAGUUGAAGGCUAUAAAGGCUAGUGGAAAAUCCCAAAUUUAAUAUGUUAUGACUAGUCCUAAGCAUUGAAUGCUUUUGGUUUGUUUUUGGCUAAAGUUGAUGCAAAACAGAAAAGUGCAUCUGUAUUUAUUUUGGUAAAUACAAAACAAAGAAUGCUUUUAUUUUUGCCGAAUUUUGUGAAACAUUAUUGUGUUGGUGACUACUAUAUUUUCAGAUUCUAACUUACUGUUAUGAAUGCAAUUGCUGAAGUGAAGUUACUGUUUUUAUGUUA